AUGGCCGCCAAUUCCCACAGAGUGGGUUCUUCCUACGGCGCCGCCGCCUCUUACCGUUCAAGAGAUGGGCUUAGCACCCGACCCGUAGGUGCCGCUGAGGAGAUCCAAUUACGAAUUGAUCCCUUGGACUUGGAUGAUGAGAUCACCGGUCUUCAUCGCCAAGUUAGAAGGUUGAAACAUGUUGCUGAGGAGAUAGGAACUGAAGUGAAGAAUCAGAAAAAUUUUCUUGAAGAACUGCAAAUGACAAUGAUAAAGGCUCAAGCCGGAGUGAAGAACAACUUAAGAAGAUUAAACAAGAGCAUCAUCCAAAGUGGUUCAAACCAUAUUAUUCAUGUCAUUCUUUUCGCGUUAGUCUGUUUCUUUGUUGUGUACCUUUGGUCCAAAAUGUUCAGAAAGUGA